AUCCCAACACAAGACAAUUAACAUCAACCGGUCAAAUUUAAUAAAACACUCUCACAUGUUACUAUUCACAGGAAACAGAAUGAUAACAACACACUUCCCAUACCCAACCCAACCAUCAAUCAAACCUUUUAUAAUAUUCUUUAGCUUCAUCUUCUUGAAGCUUUACAAGUCUUUUUAGUCACCUUUUUUAUUUAUUUUAUUUUAUUAUUAUUUUGUAAUUAAAUAAUAAUAAUUAAUAAUAAUCUUUACCUAAAUUGACGGAGUAGCUGUGGUCAAAUUCCUAUUAUUUUCCUGUGUUUGUAUCCUCCAAGUCUUCUGUUUUUCGUGUGUGAAUCUGUUCGAUAAUUACAAUUUUUGCGUGCUUCAUAAUUUCAUUGGGUGCACGUGAAUGAAACAUCUUGAAAACACACAGAAAUUGUUUUUCAGUAUUUGGAUAUUAUUUUUAUUUUUAUUAUUCCUGAAUUAAGGGUGUCUUGUUUUUCUUGUGUUCUUGAGGUUGAACUCAAAAAGGUCUCAACUUUGGAUUCUUUUUUCAAUUUUCUUGAAGGGUUUUGGUGGGUUUUUCUAGUUUUUUUGUGAAAGUUAAGAAAUUGGGUAUUCUUGAAUUAAGGUUGUCUUGUUUUCCUUGUGUUUUUUAAGUUAAAUUUGGAUCUUUUUAUUCAAUUUCAGAUUCAAAGAAGGCGUUUCUUGAAGGGUUUUGGUGGGUUUCUCUUGCUUUUUGUGAAAUUCAAGAAACUGGGUCUUGAAAAGUUUCGAUUUUUAUUAGUUAGGUCAAGUGGGGUUUCGAUUUGCUUCAAGGGUUUUUGUGGGUUUUUGAUUUGCUUCAAGGGUUUUGGUGGGUUUCUUGAUUAACCUCGUACAAUUCAAGAAUUCAAGAAUUGAGAGUUUGUGGUGUUCUUGAAGCUUAUCAGAUGAUAUGGAUGAACAGUUAGAGAAUAAAGUUGCAAAUGUAGAAUCUUAUGGUGCUAGUACUUCUAAUCAAGAGGUUUCUAAACCGAAAGAUUUGAGUUAUAGUGCUCCACCGCAUCCUCGAAAGGCCUUGAAUCAUAGUGUUACAGCACCUGCGACCGUACGCCGAAAAUUAUUCACUGAUCAUAAGGAGGCUGCAUAUUCUAAAUCCAUGACUGAAAAAUGGUGGACGCAAUCAUGGAUUCCAAAACAUGAACUCAAAUUAGAUCGAUUGUCAGAACGUGAAAAGCAAAAGCUUAUUGUGGAACUCGUAAAAAUUCAAAGUGAUGGUACGGUGGAAGUGGAUUUAUCUAAAAGUGCACCCGUAGCUUCGGAGUUGUUUGAAUAUCAGAAAAUUGAAGGGUUCCAUCCGGAUAUGGAUUAUAUUGUUACCGAUACUAAUAAAACGGUUCCAAAGUUAAAUAUUGCAGUGCUUGUGGUUGGUACAAGAGGAGAUGUUCAACCUUUUCUUGCUAUGUCAAAGAGACUUCAGGAAUUUGGUCAUCAAGUUAGAUUGGCAACACAUGCAAAUUUUCGCUCUUUUGUAGAAUCGGCUGGUGUAGAUUUCUACCCUUUGGGCGGUGAUCCCCGUAUUUUGGCCGGAUAUAUGGCGAGAAAUAAAGGUCUUAUUCCGUCAGCACCCGGUGAAAUAUCUACACAAAGGAAGCAAUUAAAGGCGAUUAUUGAAUCACUUCUUCCUGCAUGCACGGAACCCGAUUUGAAAAGCGGGAAACCGUUUCGGGCUCAGGCAAUCAUUGCAAAUCCUCCGGCGUAUGGGCAUGCACACGUUGCGGAAGCUCUUGGUGUACCUCUUCACAUGUUCUUCACAAUGCCUUGGACGCCGACGUCAGAGUUCCCUUCUCCGUUAGCGCGUGUGCCCCAAAGUGCUGGUUAUUGGCUAUCGUAUAUAGUUGUAGACCUUUUGAUAUGGUGGGGCAUAAGAGGAUAUAUAAACGACUUUAGAAAAAAGUUAAAACUUGCUCCAAUUGCUUAUUUUAGCAUGUAUCGCGGUUCAAUAUCUCAUUUUCCGAUUGGCUACAUGUGGAGCCCACAUGUUGUAUCCAAACCAAGCGACUGGGGCCCGAUGGUGGAUGUUGUCGGUUAUUGUUUCUUGAAUCUUGGUUCCAAAUAUCAACCACCUGAAGAAUUUGUUAAAUGGAUCGGAAAAGGAACGAGUCCCAUAUAUAUUGGGUUCGGGAGCAUGCCACUUGAAGAUUCGGCAAAAACCACGAAUAUCAUUUUGGAGGCCUUGAGGAAAACUGGUCAAAGGGGGAUAAUUGACCGAGGAUGGGGAGAUCUUGGGACUUUUCCAAAUAUUCCGGAUGAUGUUUUUCUUCUAGUGGAUUGCCCUCAUGAUUGGCUCUUUCCUCAAUGUGCAGCCGUGGUUCAUCAUGGAGGUGCUGGAACUACUGCUACAGGAUUGAGAGCGGGGUGUCCGACGACUAUUGUUCCGUUCUUUGGAGAUCAAUAUUUUUGGGGUGAUAGAAUAUAUCAUAGAGGAUUAGGCCCGAGCCCGAUACCAAUUUCUCAACUCACCGUUGAAGCACUUUCACUUGCAAUAGAAUUUAUGCUACAACCGGAGGUUAAAACUCGAGCAAUGGAUUUAGCAAAGCUGUUAGAAAACGAAGAUGGUGUUGCAAACGCAGUCGACGCCUUUCACCGCCACUUGCCGCCAGAUAUGCCGCUGUCAUCAGCACCGCCCUCACAGCACGAAGAUGAAGACGAUCCAAACCCUUUACAAUGGCUGUUCACUCAGAUUGCAUUAUAUUGUGGUUGUGGUCGAUAGAGUGUGUUUAUAUAACGUUUCUCGCGCCCAUUUUUACAACUUCAUUGUUUUUCGGCAUUUCAUUCAUUUUGUUCAUGGUUUUGAGCACCAAGAAAUAAGGGUUUAUCGGCACAUGGUAAUGGUUUGGAACAAAGAAUCAUGUUUUUAAGGUUUGGUUUGGUAUGUGUAGGUUAAGUAGCGUCAGUGAUGCGUCGGUUGUACAUUGUGCAUGGCUAGUUGUACAGCGCAUGUAGAAGUGAUUCAUUCUAUUGUAGAAUGUAUGAUCAUUUCAUGGUUUGUUUACUAUUUAUAUUUAUUUGGGGGUGA